GGGGGAACAUUUUCGGCACAACACCGGACCUGCCAAAUAGCCUAGUAACUUUUUGCCAACCAACUUCAGCAGUGGUCUCUCAAUAGCUGUAGGUAGGCUGCUACGGGCCACAGCCCCACCUUGCAGGGAACACUACUCCGUAUUGGACUUCACAGACAACAACAUUCUGAGUCAGACGGCUCAACCUCCAGUCUGAACAGAUAGUCUUCAUGGACUAGAGGGGAUGGCUGCGCGACCGAGACUAUUUUACCUACUCACAACUUUAUUCCUGUUUUUUAACUACUACUCUGCAUUACCGGCGACUGGCACCAAGAAAGGAAACUCGGAUAAAUGCAACUAUAAGGGGCUCCAGGUUCAGUCAAGUUCUGACGAGAAUGGUCGGAAGCUCGGGGUCACAUUCCGAACAGACAAUUGCUCUGUGAACUGGAGCCCAUUGGGGAAGCAUGCCAUCUAUGAGGUGAACAAUGUGACGUUCAGCCACCUCUCCUGUGACAGCCAGGCUGCUGUGGUGGUCCACUGGAUGAGCAGCCCUCUAGGUAUUGAGCAUGUGAAGGGCUUCAGAGUUUACCUGGAGGACAAGGACCCAGAGGGGAAGCUGUGUCAGCACAUGAUCCUCAAAGACCCACGACAGCUCAACUUUUCUUACAGCAAUGUGAAGAUGAACUCUCAGCCCUUCCCUGGCCUGGCCUUUGAGACGGACUACAUGGUCCGGAUUGUUCCUUUCCCCACCUUCAUGAAUGACAGCUUCUUCCCUCCGUCCUUCCUGCGCACCAACUCCUGUGAAGUGCUUCUGGGACCCGACAACCUCGUCUGCAAACCAUUCUGGAAGCCCAAGACCCUCAACAUCUCUCAGCGGGGCACCAACCUCCAUGUUGUCUUUGACCACGCCCCCUCCACCUUCGGCUUCACCGUUUACUACCUGUACUACAAACUACGACAGGAGGGACCCUUCAGGCUCAAACGCUGCAAACCGGAGUUAAAUCUGCCCAAAACAACAUGUGUUCUUCAAGAUGUGAUACCAGGAACCUAUGCGAUUGAGCUGCGAGAUGACACCAACACCACCAGGAGACAGGCCCAGUACCACGUGAGCCAAGCCCACUCCCCGUGGGCAGGUCCUAUCAGAGCCAUGGCCAUCACUGUUCCUCUGGUCAUCAUUUCUGCCUUUGCUACACUCUUCACCGUCAUGUGCCGCAAGAAACAACAAGAGAACAUCUACUCCCAUCUGGACGAGGAGAGCUCUGAGUCAUCGUCUCACACCACAGCUCUGAAUGCAGACAGGCCCUGGCCCCGGACCAAGGUGUUUGUCUGCUACUCCACUAAGGACUGCCCCAAACACCUCGCUGUCAUACAGAGCUUCGCCUUCUUCCUCCAGGACUUCUGUGGCUGUGAGGUGACUCUGGACCUAUGGGAGCACCUGCAGAUCUGUAAGGAGGGCCAGAUGUCCUGGCUGAGCCGGCAGAUAGAUGAGGCUCACUACAUCAUCACUGUCUGCUCCAAGGGCCUUAAGUACUACGUAGAGAAGAAAAACCGCAGAGGGAAAUCACCAGCCAGAACUUGCCCUGGAGAUGGUGGAGCAGCAGGUGGUGGAGCAGCAGCGGCAGCAGCGAGUGGAGCAGAGCUCUUCAUCGUUGCCGUGGCAAUGAUCGCAGAGAAGCUUCGUGAGGGGUGCCAGAAAGACCAGGACCUGUCUCGUUUCAUGGCCAUCUACUUCGACUACUCCCACGAGAGCGAUGUCCCCACCAUGCUGAGCCUGGCUCCCAAGUUUAAGCUCAUGGAUCAGCUCCCUCAGAUGUUUAGCCUCCUCCACUCUCGACAGCUCAGUUUACCGGAGCGCGAACCGCAGCCUCUCAACAUCAGCAAGAGGAACUACUUCCGGAGCAAGUCGGGGCGGUCUCUAUACGUAGCCAUCUGUAACAUGCACCAGCACAUUUCUCUGGAGCCUGAUUGGUUCGAGAGGCAGCUGAUGCCUGCCCCCCCAGCCCCGCCUCCGAAGCAGCGUGAUGCCGCCGGAACGUCUUCGUCAUCAUCACCUCACAUGGAGAAGUUUGACUCUGGGCUGGUGCUCAAUGAGGUUCUGUUUAAGUUGCCAUCAGAAAGUGAGGGUACUCUGAAGAGGAAUGUGCUGCUCACGUCUCUCCCACCCAACCUCAGUCUGGCCCACUGCUCCCUGGACAGACCUGUGGGGCCUGGGCCCGGCUCCAGCCUCUCUCAGGGGGAGAUCGGGGGGCUGUCGGGGGCCUCAUCUGGUCUGGGUCCUCUGGGUCUGGGGUCUCUGAGGCCUGUGGUCCCUCCUCAGGCUGGAGACGGCUCGGCCAGUCCUCCAGAGAUGCCCAGGGACUCGGGGAUCUAUGAUUCAUCAGUGCCUUCCUCUGAGCUGUCCAUCCCCCUCAUGGAGGGCCUGUCACCUGACCAGGCUGACUCCUCCUCUCUGGCCGAAAGUGAAUCAUCUUCUUCCGGACUGGGUGAUGAGGAGCCACCUGCUGUCAGCUCUCUGCGCUGCGCCAUGGCAACUAUCUGUAAAGCUGAGCUCCACCAACACCAUCUAAAGCAGUCUGAAGGACUGGGGCUCCCUCCUGUUCCUGUUCCUCCCUUGUAGUGAACGGAACAACAACUUUACAUUACCUGGACACACAUAACGACACUUUACUGCCUUCAAAGACACUGCCUUGAUACAGACCAUCAUCCUGAGUCGUACUAGCUAUCUAAAACAUCGAAUCCCAAAUGAACAGUGUACGGUAACCAAGCCCAUGGAUGUCAGUGAUGUCAUCCACUUUGGAAUCUCUGUGGACUUGUGGCUGAUAGAACACUGAGGAAUGUUGAUGUCAUUGUUUUAGAACACAGAGGGUUUUGUGAACGUUCUAAGUUGUGUGAAGGCAAGGCGUUAUUUCAUCAAAUGGUUGUAUGUUGUUUUGCAUCGCUGUCCUGUAUUUGUUAGUGUUCUAAAGGUGUUUAUUUUAGACUAGGCCAGAUCUUCCCUUUAAAACAUCCCGUACCAGGUUCACUAACACACCUGCUUCAACUCCUCUAAUAACCAUCAACCCUUGAUGACUUGAAUUAGGUGUGUUAUUGCUGGGCUUGAACAAAACAUCUGCGACUUCAACACCAGAUGUAGUGUGUUUCUAACUGGGACAAUUCCGUGAGCCAGUAGUGAUGACCAUGCUCUUUUAAGUGAGAGAACGUUGGUUUGUUACUUCAUUUUAAUUUAUUGAAAAUGAAAUGACUUUUUAAGGAUACAAGGUACUGAAAUUGUGUGUCAAAACACUUUUACUAGUUUUUUUUUUUAAAUGUAGUUUUCACACCAAUUUGUUUUACUAAUAGAAAAGGUUUGACAACUCUUGUGUAAGAGAUCAGAUAUAUUGGGAGUACCUAGGGCUGUGUAUGCUCACUAGGGCUGUGUAUGCUCACUAGGGCUGUGUAUGCUCACUAGGGCUGUGUAUGCUCACUAGGGCUGUGGCGGUCAUGACAUCUCGUCAGCCGGUGAUUGUCAAGCAAAUAACUGCCGGUCUCACGGUAAUUGACUAUCAAUUAACAUAAACACAUUUAGCAUCUCCUGGUUUCCACAUAUAGCCUACAAGACACUGAUGCAGACCUUUGGAACAUCUACAUUUUAAAAAGUCUAUUAAAUCCAUGUAAUAAAGCCUACACCUUCACAAUAAAUCCAUUAUUAUUUUAGACAGGUCUAAAGAAACAUGAUGUGAAGAAAAUGUAGUGUAUUUCAGAAGAACAGAAUAACAUACUCUGAGUUGUCCUCAUGUUAGGUCCUGAUCUGACUAUGCCAUGUGGCUGUUGGCUACAAUAGUUAAUUUAGCGGACAAAAUUUGGUUAGAUUUACGUGGCAUUAUUUUAUAUUAUUUUAUAUUAUGAAGAAUACAAAUUGAACAAAGCUGAAUAAAAUAUAAUGGAUGUUUUCUCCAAACGAUUUGAGGGGUGUGCACAUGUGCUAUUCUGUUUUGAGUGGUUAACAAACAAAUAGAUACUCUGAUAUGCUUAAUUUAAAAUUAAUAAUGUAACUUUAGUUGUUCAACAAACGUUGGGCUAUAUGUUUUGAUUUUUAAUACAUUGUAAGGCUGCAUGAUGAGACUAAUGAUCAU